AAAAGUAGUGUAAAAAAGACUUCUUUUUCUUUCCCAAUAUCUCCCUUUCUUACCCUAUCUAUCUAUCUAUCUAUCCAUCCAUCUCCUUUUUCCUUUCUUCACUCCUGGGAAAGUGCCAAUGGUUUUCUCUACGAUUUAAUAGGGUUUAAGCUUCAUGUUGAAACGGCGUCGCAUUGUAUUAGGGGAAGAAGAAGAAAAACACCCCCCAAACAAAAAGUCACGUGCUUUAUUGCCGCUUCUAGGAUUAUUCUUGUGAGAUUUUGGAAGAUGGGUAUGGUUGAACAGGCUGCUUAUUGGGAUGGGAUUGCGGGUGGAGGGGAUGAAUAUGACUAUGACAAUGUUAUGGACUUCCUUAAUGGUCUUGAUUUUCCCCCGGAAGGCUUGGAAGGGGAUGUGGCCUUUAUUGAUGAUUUUGAUGCUAGUAAGUUGGGGCCAAUCCCUUCUGAUGCCCUAACGGGUUUACUCCCGGUUCCACAAAACAACUUCUCGAAUGCAGCACUCAAGUUGAACCCUUCUGUGGAUAGCGUUUCACAAGGCACACAGCUGCUGAAUGAUGUUGAUGAAAACUCCAGUAAAACCCUUCUUGCUCAGAAUAAAUAUUCUGCUGCGCAGGAGGCUGCUAUGUUCCAGACACAAAGCCCGGUUUCUGUCCUCGAGAGCAGUGCCUCUUGCUCAGGUGGAAAGGCCAUCCCAGUCAAAACCGGCAUUGCUGUUCCAGUACGAACUCGAACCAAGCGCACCCGACCCUCCACCAAUCCAUGGCUGUCGGCAUCUCUUAUAUCUUCUGCCUUUGACAGAAAAACUUCAGCUGCCAAAAGGAGAAGAGAGAGGAAAUUGCUGCAGAAGUCGAUUGCGGUGAAGGAGGCAAGAUACACCAAUGGGCGAGCCAACGACGCAUUAGAUGCAUUUGUUAAAAGAUGCACGCACUGCGAAGUUACAAAGACGCCACAGUGGAGGGAGGGACCAAUGGGCCCAAAGACACUAUGCAACGCGUGUGGGGUCCGGUAUCGAUCCGGGCGCCUUUUUCCUGAGUACAGGCCAGCAGCUAGUCCGACGUUUACCCCUUCUCUGCACUCGAACUCUCACCGGAAGGUCGUAGAAAUGAGAAGGAAAGCUGUGCAGGGAGAAGGCAUAGUGGAGAACUCUUGCAAGAAGGUUUCGGAGAUGGCAUUCACUGCCAUGAACGACCCUCCGAUGUCGCCUCUACCGGAAUUCGUUCCUAUGAGUAACUACCUGUUUGAUUGCAUAUAGUGAGUGAUGAGAAACAGUUUCAGUUAGGGGAUUUAAUGUUUUAUUCAUUUUUAAACAUUCCAUUUUUCCUAUUUCUAAGGAAGGAAGGCAGGUUAGUAGAGUUUUCAGUGUUUUACAAACUGGAAUGAGGAGUAGUAGGUUAGCAUUAUGGUUGGAUGGAAGGAAGUAGCUUAGACCCAAAAACACUGAAACUGAUGUUUAGAAGAGAUGCUGCUGCUCUGCUGUAUUAGAUGAAAUUUUAGGACUUAGAUUGUUAGUUUGAGUAAUGAUUAAUGAUUAAUGAAUUCCCUUGAUUACAAUUUUUUUA